GAGUCGCUCCCUGCGCGGCCACGGGCAUCCCCUCCCCGAACCGCUCCCACCGGAAGUGGAUGGUGCCGGUCGGGUUGCGUUCGGCAGCGGACCGGAAGUAACCUGGCAGUUCCAGUGGCGUUGCCCGGAUGCUGCGCUGGCUGCUUCCGGCCACCUCAGUAGUAGAGGCCAGUCAGAGGGUGGCGGGUGGCAGCUGGCAGGCGGGGCGCGCGCGGGGCUGAGCAGCGGCUCCCGGCUUGGAGCGGCGCAGACAUGGUGCUGCUGACUAUGAUCGCGCGGGUGGCGGACGGGCUCCCCCUGGCCGCCUCCAUGCAGGAGGAUGAGCAGUCAGGUCGGGACCUGCAGCAGUAUCAGAGCCAAGCUAAACAGCUUUUCCGGAAGCUGAAUGAACAGUCGCCUACCAGAUGCACCCUAGAAGCAGGAUCCAUGGCUUUCCAUUAUGUUAUUGAGAAAGGGGUGUGUUACCUGGUGUUGUGUGAGGCCACCUUCCCCAAGAAGCUGGCCUUUGCAUAUCUGGAGGAUUUGCAUUCCGAGUUUGAUGAACAGCAUGGAAAGAAGGUGCCGACGGUCUCCAGGCCUUAUUCCUUCAUUGAGUUCGACACUUACAUUCAGAAAACCAAAAAACUCUACAUUGACAGCCGGGCAAGAAGGAACUUAGGCUCCAUCAAUACAGAGUUACAGGAUGUGCAGAGAAUCAUGGUGGCCAACAUUGAAGAAGUCUUACAGCGAGGAGAGGCGCUCUCAGCUUUGGAUUCCAAGGCCAACAACUUGUCCAGUUUGUCCAAGAAGUACCGUCAGGAUGCAAAGUACCUUAACAUGCGUUCCACGUAUGCCAAACUGGCAGCUGUAGCUGUGUUUUUUAUCAUGUUAAUAGUCUAUGUGAGGUUCUGGUGGCUGUGAGAUGUUGGCAGUCACUGGAGAGGGAGAGCCUCUAGCAUGGCAGGUAUAUGUGUGCAGCACACUUUGUUCACGAGGAUGUGCAUUAGAAUCCACACAGGACUGUCACCUUUAAGGGUGUGUCCUGAAAAUGAUACCUGAGUACUACACUGCUUAGUGAAUCUUAAUCAUAGGUAUAAAGUCUUCUUGGUGGACUAGAGGCUUUUCCUAUGAGGCACUAAACAUUAGGAACUCUGUAGAUUGUGGCCUCCCAGUGUACUAAACUCGUUAACAGUGCUGUUUGAUGUGUCCUGGAGCAGUUAAUCAGUGAAGUUUAUCCUAAUCAGGCAGUACUGGCAAUAGUCACUUCUUCCUCCCUUUUAAAAAGUAGCUCUAGUGAGAAAUGGACUCUAAUGAACAUUCCUUGUGUCAGCAAUGUUUACUUGUCUAGAAUCUGGGCCUGCAUUUGCUUUUUUAAAACAAGACUCCCUUGUUUGAAGGCUGAUUCUGCACUGUACAUAUUGUAAUGGCUUUCACCCAUGUCAAACUAGCUAUUGUUGGAUUUUCAUUGUCUGACAUCUUUGCUUGUUAAAUUUUCAAUUGCUUUAGGAAUAAAUGGAUAUUAAAUUAUGCCUUAAAAUUACAUUAUAUUUAGUCUUAGGAGAGACAGUGAAAGGCGACUAUCACUGACUUCUACAAAAUUAAACUACUCGUUUGUAAAUCUCA